AUGGCGAAGCGGAAAUGUGACGAUCGAGUGCCGGUCACGGUGCUCACAGGCUUCUUGGGCAGUGGGAAGACUACUUUGUUGAACCACAUCCUCUCAGAUCAGACUCAUGGGCUGAAGUUCGCCAUCAUCGAGAACGAGUUCGGUGAGGUCGGCGUAGAUGAGAAGAUCGUGAAGCAGCAGGAGAAUGUCUCGGAGGAGAUCAUUGAGGUCAUGAACGGCUGCAUUUGCUGCACGGUGCGUGGUGAUCUGGUGAAGACGCUGAAGCGCCUGCACAAGAAGGUCGAGCAGUUCGAUGCCGUGAUCAUUGAAACCACCGGUCUGGCAGACCCAGCUCCUGUGGCGCAGACUUUCUUCGUGGACGAGACGAUUCAGGCCCAGUACAAGCUGGACGGGAUCAUCACCGUCGUCGAUGCGAAGCAUGUCAUGCAGCAUCUCGAUGAGAAGAAGCCAGAGGGUGUGGAGAAUGAAUCCGUCGAGCAGUUGGCUUUCGCAGACCGCAUCUUGAUGAACAAGCUCGACCUGAUCCCGGAUACGGCAGAGCAGGACAAGACAGAGGCCCGUAUCAAGUCCAUCAACUCAUCGGCAGAGGUGUAUCGCUGCCAGUACUCCAAAGUCGACCCGAAACUCUUGCUGAACCUGAACGCCUUCAGCCUCACUCGUGUCUUGGAGAUGGAUCCAGAGUUCUUGGAGGCGGAGGGGACAGAUCACCAGCACGAUGACAGCGUGACAAGCAUCGCGGUUCAGUUUGAGGGCGAGCUGAAUAUUCUGAAGCUGGAAGAGUGGAUCGGCUACCUCAUCGGAGAUCCCGCCAGGGCCAACAACUUGUUCCGCUACAAAGGCGUCUUGGCGGUGAAGGGUCAGGAUCGGAAGUUCGUGUUCCAGGGCGUGCACAUGCUCUUUGCAGGCAGCUACUCAGACGAGCACAGGUGGGGACCGGAUGAGAAGCGGGAGUGCCGGUUCGUCUUUAUCGGCAGGAACAUCGACAAGGAGGCCCUCAAGGCUGGCUUCGAAGGCUGCAAGCAAGACGACAAGCUUCGCUUCCAGAUAGGUGACAUGGUCGAGAUCCAGACAAAGCAGGGGUGGAAACCGGCAAAGGUCGUCGCGCUCUGGGAGAAGGGUAAUCCAUAUCGCCUGGAGCUGCAGGAGGACAAAACCAGCAUCUUCGGGCCGCUGGAUGACGACAUGAUCAUCCGGGCAGCUGGUGGUGCUUAG